UUCAUGUAAGUGAUACACGAAAAGUACAGAGAACGAAUGAGUCAAAAUGGCCGAGAUAGAUGAGGUGGAACAGGGUCAGCGUAUUCUUGUUAUUUGGUCAGGAAUUGCUCCUCCGAAGAAGAUAGAAGAGCUCGUGGUUCAUUUAAACUCAUCAGUUGGAUCUACGGGUAUUGUUGCCGUCGAGAAUGAGGAAAGACUGAAGUUAUCAUCUCAUCCAGAAUCUUCAUUUGAUGUUGUUUUAUCUGGGAUGAUGUUUCCUUCCUUCCUGGUUCAUGGCCUGGACACUCUGGCAGAAAUUGGUAGAAUUUUAAAGCCCAGUGGAAAGUUAACUCUUGCAGAGCCUGCAGGAACAAGUGGAGAUCUGAGGCCUUCUGAAAAACUAAUAUCUGCGCUGAAACUUUCUGGAUUUGUUGAUAUUUCAGUACCAAAAGAACUGAAUUUGAGUGCAGAUGAGAGCACUGCUUUCAAGGAGAAAUUUGGAGAUGGGAAAGUCAUUCAGAUCUCUGCUUUCAAACCAAGUUUUGAUGUAGGAGCUAGUUCACAACUUCCACUUUCUUUCAGAUCAAAGGCUGCUUUGAAGCCAAAGGUCAAAGAUGAAAAUGUGACCAAGAUUUGGACUUUAUCAGCACAAGAUAUUGAUGAUGAAGAGAUAGAUAUUCUUGAUUCAGACACUCUUCUUGAUGAGGAAGAUUUAAGAAAACCAGAUCCUGCAUCACUUAAAAGUGAUUGUGGUACAAAUAAGGCAGGCAAGAAAAAAGCUUGCAAGAAUUGCACAUGCGGUUUGGCUGAGGAACUUGAACAAGGAAAGAUGCCAGCAAAGAAAACUGUGACAUCGUCAUGUGGGAGUUGCUACUUGGGAGAUGCCUUCCGCUGUGCUAGUUGCCCUUACUUAGGAAUGCCGGCCUUCAAACCAGGAGAAAAGGUUGCACUUACAAGUCGACAGUUAAAAGGAGAUGUGCAGUAAAAACUACAUCCGCAACUGAAUCUGAAGAAUCUCUUCAGAUGCGAAACGCAUCCUCAUUACACUUUGUAGUCUUACAGGAUGGCUCUUUAAAGCUGAUGCAUAUGGGUACUUUGAUUCUCGGAUGGCGGACUUCGUCAGUUGAUGUAGCUGUGAGAUUACUGUUACGUUUGUACUCUAGACUUAAAGCAAUUUUAAAAUACAAUUUCCAUUUCGUAUGACGGUUUAAAGAGUGGUACCACUACUCAAUGAAGAAAUAUAUUACUUAUCUUUCGCAUUGCUUCAGUUGAGCAAGAAACCAACUUAUUUAAGCAGUCAGUUGUAUUUCAUAUUGAUUUACCAUCGCAAUAAACAACCGGAGAUCUUGGGAGGAAACUAAAAAAGUUUGCGAAUAACAAAUCUAAGGCGAUUGAUGGAUCUCCAUUUAACGUAUUCAUUCGAAACCCAAACAGCUAUUACACCAGUAAAUCAACUAGUGGGCUCUUGCCUCUAAAUGUUUCAGUUUUCUGUGGGAUUACUGUUUUUAUGCACGACAUGUUUUCACGUAGAAGAAUAUGCGUAGUCACGUUAGAAACCUCAAUAAUAAACAGGAAUGAACUCAAUAA